CGGUCAGGUUCUCUCCCUUGAGAAAUAACUGACGGUUGCCCAGGCAGUGUGCUGGCGGCAGCAAUGAGCGCCGCGCUGCCAGGCGUAGCGCUAAAGCGGGUGGUUUCUCAGCGAAAAGGUGUUCUAAGUAUUAAUCAAGAAUGCCUCCAUAUAAAGAAGUUCCAAGUUUGCAGUCAUCUACCUUAAAGGUGGUUGCAUACCUUCUCCGGAGAUUAUGUUGUGACUGUGAUCUCACAAAAGAAGACAUGCAACCUGUUAUUGAUCAUCUGCAGAUUCAUCUUCCUCCUCAAAUUCAAGCCUUUGUAUGCCGCACACUUCUCCAGGAUGUUAAUAAGAUUGUUUUUCCCGAACUACUCAAUCAGAAGUAUUUGAUGGUAUGCACACAGCUGCAUGCAGAGUACCUUUGGAUCAAUGACAGCCAGAAUGUUGUGUCUCUACUGGCUGAACAGGAUGGUAGCAGUGUGCAGACUCUUAAGAUGAUUGGCUCUCAUAGUAAACUAGAUUUUGUCAUGGAAACCAACAAGUAUGAAUUUCGGCAACAAGUUCAGCUUGGAGGUCUGUACCAGUUUUUGGGAACACUUAGUAAUUUAACAACAUUGAAAUGUUCUCAGAUAUGUAACAAUUAUAUGCUAGAAAUUAUUUCCAAAUCUUGUCCUCAUUUAGAAGAUAUAAGCAUUGAAAUGUGCACUGAAGUUGAUGACAUGGGGGUAUUUUACCUUGCUGGCCACUUGCCAACCCCUGAUACAUACUCCAGAAUAAGAAGAGGAGCAAGGAUACCUUCUAAGUCUAUUUGUACCAAGCUAAAAAAAGUUAAUUUUGAUUAUACCAUGGCUUGUACUGCAAGUGCUGUUAUGCUGUUGCAUUUGUGUCCUCUUCUUGAAGAAUUGAAUGUUACCCCUGAUGUGAAAAUAGAGGAUGUGUUUACAACGUUACAUGGCAGUGAUCAAGAAAGGUACUCUGAAGUUACAACCAGAUACUCCCUCAAGGCAAUACGUACUUACAUGGAACUUGAUGAAAAUGAAUUGGCCCUGAUUGUCAGAACUUGUCCCAACUUAGAAGAUGUUACUUUGAGAUGCAAUGGUGUGGAGAGAAAGGAUAGAAAUUUGCUUGCCAAUCUUUUGAAUCUGAGAAUUGUGACUCUAAAUGUGAUGAACUGCAAUAUGCUUGCCUUGAUAUGGUACCUUAAUCAGAAAGGUAAUCAUCUCUUGAACCUAGCAAUUCAGCAUCUCACAGUUGCACCUGUGAAUUUAACAUUUACUAGGACUCAUCUGCAAAAUGUAAUUCGUACAUGCCCUAGGUUGCAAAAGUUUACCCUGAAGCUUAGCAAUAGUCCUAUGCAGCCUGAUUUACCCUACUCUUCAUUUGGUUUUCAAAUGUUAUAUUUCCAGUCUUUGUCACAUCUGAUGCUUGAAGGUGCAGCAAUAACUCAUGAGGACCUCUCUGUAUUAGUAAGUAAAUGUAAAAAUCUAACUGAACUUCAUAUAUUGAUACAUAAUUUAGAUAUGUUGGAUGAUCAGGUAUUAUAUAGUCUUCUGGAUUCUGGUGGCUUACAAAACUUGCAAACUCUCUUUCUGUACCGACCAAUGUUGACAUUGGCUGGCCUUAAAAAGUUGUUAGAGAAAUGUGCACAUCUACACACCUUGGGGCCUCUUUCUUCCUGGGCCAUAGAGAAGAGAGAUCGUGAAGCUCUGAUGAGAGAGAUCAGGCUUAAGAAUUGGGACUUGAACAUAGAGAGUCCAGAAAUGAUGCAUUUAAUUAUACUAUGAAUGUUAUACACACACACACACACACACACACACACACACACACACACACACACACACACACACACACACACACACACACACACACACACACACACACA